UCUCGCCACAAGUUUAUCGAACGCGGCGCUGACGCACGCUUUUUAGACUUGAAAGAGUUUGUAAAGAGUGUUAAGUUUGAUAAUGGCGGGUGUGUCCAUAUUUCUGUGUGUUUGUUUGUGGUUACAAUUAGUUACCGGCCAGUUUGGAUUCUUCAAUCCUCGCGCUGAUCGUCGAUUCCCUACAUUUGGUUUUACUCAGAACUUCUUACCAAAUCCAAAUGGAGUGAGGAACACGCUGAAUAAUCUUUUCAAUCUGCAACGAGACCCGCCAAAUCAAUACGAUCAAUAUAGACCAAACCAAUACGACCAAAACAGACCUAUAUACAACAACCAAUAUGAUCAAAACAGGCCUAUAAACAACAAUGGAUUUGAACAAAACAGGCCUAUUAACAACAAUGGAUUUGAACAAAACAGACCUAUAAACAAUGAAUAUGAUCAAAACAGGCCUAUAAACAAUGAAUAUGAUCAAAACAGGCCUAUAAACAAUGAAUAUGAUCAAAACAGGCCUAUAAACAACAAUCAAUAUGAACAAAAUAGACCGGACUAUAAUCCACCCAAUAAUGUUCGUUUUCCUAAUCGAGGGGGUGAAACAGACAUCCCUCAAGAUAAUGUUAACUUUGAACCGGAACAACCAAAGCCUGAAAUCCUAAAACCAGUUAAUGUUCCAAAAGAAGACGAAACCGGUUAUGGUUUUCAGAACAAUGGAGACCAACCUAACACAGGUUUUCUAAACAACCCUGACGAAAGCUCAGCAAAAAAUGAACCUACCUCUGCCCCGUUUGGUAAUCAAGAAGGCCAGGAUGAUCUGUUCAGUAACAAGAAUGGAAUACCGACAGCUCCGCCACCACUGCCUCCAUCGACUGAUUUACCCAAACUGACUCCAGUGCCUCCGUCCGGAUCGAGAAACAAUUUCAACUUUGGAUCGCAAGGACUAUUCAAGGAAUCAUGUGCAACAAUAGAAGGGGGCGUUGGAAGUUGCAUAUCUAUAGAGUCGUGCCCGACGUACGUGAAGCUAUUGCAGCAAGUCAGAACGAACCCGGCUGCUGUGCAAGUGUUAAGGAAAGCUCACUGCGGAUUCGACGGCAGCAAUCCUAAGGUUUGCUGCCCACUUAACACUAUACCAAAUACUCCGCCGCAAACCCCAGCUCCUCCCGUGACAACGACAACUACAACAGUGGCUCCUGUAACACCUGACGCGGCAUCCGGAAAAUCCCUGGAAUCCGAUUUCCUCCUCGCAUUCCCAGCGCCACCAGAAUGUGGUGUUACCAACGCUUCAUUCAGUAGAGUGGUUGGAGGAAUUGACGCUAAGCUAGGUGACUUCCCCUGGAUGGCGUUACUGGGUUACAAAGAUAGGCGAGGCGCCUCAACUCGCUGGUUGUGUGGAGGUUCCCUCAUCAGCUCGCACCAUGUGUUAACCGCUGCCCAUUGCAUACAUAACCAUGAAGAGGAUUUAUACGUAGUGCGACUCGGUGAGCUGGACCUCGCGAGGGAGGACGAAGGAGCAACACCGAUAGACGUUCUCAUUAAGUACAAGAUCAAACACGAAGGCUACGAUGCCAAGUCUUUUACAAAUGAUAUCGGAUUACUGAUAUUGCAAAACGAUGUACAGUUCACAGAUCUCAUCAGACCCAUAUGUAUACCUCUGUCCAGCGAUUUAAGAGCCAAAAACUUCGAGAACUACAAUCCUAUCAUAGCCGGAUGGGGAGACACUGAAUUCCGUGGUCCAUCAGCAACACACCUGCAAGUUUUACAGCUGCCAGUUGUCAGCAACGACUUUUGCAAGAAAGCGUACGUCGAUUACAAGGCUCAGGUGAUUGAUGAGCGAGUGUUGUGUGCUGGAUACAAGAAGGGUGGUAAAGACGCUUGCCAGGGAGACAGUGGUGGACCUCUGAUGCAGCCAAUUUACUACCCCCAAAACUUGACGACAUACUUCUUUCAAAUCGGAGUAGUGUCCUACGGUAAGCGUUGUGCGGAAGCUGGCUUCCCCGGCGUGUACUCGCGCGUCACCAACUUCGUACCGUGGCUACAAGAGAACGUCUUAGGCAGGGCUUAGUAAUAAAACUAGCAAAUAUGUUUAGUUAUGAACUCAAAAAAGUUGACAAUACUUAGUUGUGUGUAAAAAAGAGCUUGAAUGUGAAGAACGAAAACGACAGUCUCAUUCUAGAAGAUGCUUCGAAAGAUUUGGAACUUAGCUUGCCACUUGGAUCGUAAUAUCCCAAAGUUCCUUUCCUUCAUAAGUAAUGUCAUUUACCAGCGCGAGAUUGAUUGUAAAUAACUUAUUCGUAGCCAUGACGUCUAGAAUAGUUUUACAAGACGUAAUAAAUAUUGUGCAUCGGCAAACAUCGGACACAAUCGUGUUUUACUUUACUCAAUCCAUUGUGAAAAGUAAUUUGGACCUAAUAAACACUUUACCACAAAAUAAUACGUCUCAAUGACGUUUCUAAAACAGCAACAGCUGUCCCGCUCUUUGCCAGCAAUGCGAGUGAGACAGCAAAUUUAAUCAUUUACGACUGGCAUUCAAAUUUCUAAUGGAAUUAUACAGAGUGGUUAUAACCCCUCAUUGUUCAAGAUCAUUUUGUUUUUUAAAGGGUAUUUUUGUUGUAGUUUGAAAUUAAAUUUCGAAAAAAUCGUUAUGAGAAUCUGUUAACAGUCUUGAUACAGUCGGUCAUGUUCGUAAAUAUGACGUUAGCCGACGUGCAAUAUUUAUUCUGAAGUACUUUAUCUACAUUAUAAAUAAGCUUAAUGAAUGUUUUAAUUUAAGAUUAUUUUAUUUAAUUAUCACUUAUUGUAUUAAUUGUUUCUGAAUCACUUUUUAUAUUGUUUUUAUACGUUUCUACUUAUCUUGAACUUUGUUUGUGAGUUCCGUACAUUGUUUUGAUGCGAUUGCUAUGAUAAUUUGCAUAUAUUUAUUUUGCUCGUGACGGUACAAAUUAUUAAGUACGUUAAAGUACCGUUGACAUAAAAAGAAGGAAUAUAAAAAUAAUGUAUUUUUAUUUUGUAAUACUAUAUUUAUUGUAUUUCACAAACAAAAACAAAUAUAGUUUAGCUCCGUAUACUAAAUAAUUUAUUUAAGGUUAUACGUGUAUAAGUUAUGAGUUUUAUAAUUAAAUCGUAUUUCUAGGUAUGUGGAAAAUAAUGUAUUAAAUGCAAAUCAAUAAUAUUUAUCACAAGCGAUAUUGAAUUUCGUCAGGAUAAUGCUUAUUUACGUAAUCAAAAUUGCGAGCUGGGUUGAAACUCAUUUGAAAAAUCCUAAUAUGAUGUAGACCGAUUAUUAAGGACGGUUAAUUCAAAUAUAAUAAUACUAAUUAUCUAUACAAUAGUUAUUUUCAUUGCGAACUUCUAAUAAUUAAUAAUAUUAUUAUACGUGACCGCGGUUAUAGCGAGAAUUAUAUCUCCAUUGAAUCGCAAUUUAGAUUUUCGUGAAUAAGAUUUGGAAUCAACCAUUCUGUCAUCCGUCUAUUAAAAGUAUGUUUGCAGUCUUACGCAAAGAUCCCAGUGUGUCAACAACAAAUGAAUAUAACUUAGAAUUAUAUAUGUACGAUGUAUCAUAUAUUAUUAAUCAAAAUAUAACAAGGAUGAAACGGGGAGUACGAGUAGUUAUUAAUACGUUAUACUGUAUCCGUAGAUCAAUUAGUUCAUAUUUAACAUUGACCUUUUUUGAGGUCAAGUAUUGUAUUUCAUUGUUUUAUCUAAAACUUGAAGUUCUUUCUAUUUCUGUAGCAGUUGUAUGCAUUUAUUUAUAUUUAAUAUAAACUCGGAGUGUGUGUAUUUAAUGUUCAUUUAUUGUUACCUAAUAUUCUAUAUAUUUAGCGAUACUUCUAUGUCUGUAUGUAUAUAUUUCAAUAAAUAUAUCGCAAGUAUAAGAAUGACAUACUCAAUUUGUUUUGUAUGUAUUUUGUAGUAUUAUAUAUCUUAAGUUUUAUAUAGGUAUAUAUAUUUGUUUAAUAAGGAUCAUGACGAAGACAGUAGUAUGAGAUUAAUCUAUUUUUAUAAGCAAGUAUACGUGUAUAUUUAUAAUACUAGUUGUCGUCUGCAGCUUCGCUCGCGUUUUAGGGGUUGGUUGUCACGUGUUAGGCAAAAAAAUAUUGGCUUAUGUCUUUCCUUGAAGUUGAAGUUGAAGUUCAAGUUCAUUGGCUUGGCAGUGAAAGAGCGACAGACAGGCAGACAGAGUUAUUUUCACAUUUAUAAUAUUAGUAUUGAUGUAUUUGCUAGCAAUAUGUCCAAUUUCAUAUAAGAAAAGUUUUCAACUUUUGUGUUGUCAACAUACUAAACCAGUGUCUCUAUUGUUUAUUUUUGUUGUUAAAAAUUGUCACUAUAUUAUGUAUUGGUUGGUAACCUUUUGAAGAAGUGUAAACACAAAAAUUUGACAAUUCGGUCGAAACGAACCAUGAACUUGCUCAAAAAGUAUUUUGCUUCUGUGUUGUCAACUCUUGUUGAUGACAAGAAUUCCAAACACAAAUUACCGACCAUCUAAUUAAAAACGCACCAUUGUAUUUAAUUAGAUAUUUAGAAGCCAUUUAUAAAGCCUUUUAUAAACAUAAUGAGAAAACAAAGGAAAUGUCAAAAAUGUUUAUAUUUAUUUUUAAAUGUUUGUUUUUGUUGAUCGAAAACAUAAAUAACCUAUAAAAUAUUAAUGUUAUAUUAGGCAUAAUUUAUCUCAAACGCUAUACGAUCUAUUAAGGGUUGUAAUCUCGAGUUUAUAAUGUCAUUGAAAUAUUCUCUUGACGUAAUAAAAAUGAUUAAAUUAUC